UUCAGUAUUUCGGUAUUAUCUUUUCAUUUAGCAUUUCUUGUUAUUCUUGCUUCGUUAGAGUAGCUUACAUGGUGUAACAAUAAUAAACAUUUAUUUAUUUAAUAGAUAAUAAAAAUAUAUAUUUAUAUUUGGAUGUUAAAAAUAUAUAAGAUUUUUAUUAUGAGAUAGGACACGACACAAUUAAGGAAAAGAAAUAUUAUUAGGAAGGGGCAACGAAAAUAAAAGAGAACCAAAUUAAAUUAACCUCCUCUAUUCUUAUUGUGCCUACUCUGAGAUCUUAGUUUUUUUGCGAGAUUGGGUGCUUGGGUUUCCUUUGAUUUAUGUGUUGUUUGUUGUAUAUGGAUUUGGAAAAAGAUGUCUGAGAAUGGUAAGCUAUUUAUUGGUGGGAUAUCUUGGGAUACCAAUGAAGAGCGUCUUAAGGAGUAUUUCAGUAGUUUUGGUGAAGUGGUAGAGGCGAUGAUCAUGAAGGAUUGGACCACAGGACGUGCUCGAGGUUUCGGUUUCAUUGUUUUCUCUGACCUAGCAGUUGCUGAGAAAGUCAUCAAGGAGAAACAUAAUAUUGAUGGUAGAAUGGUUGAGGCAAAAAAAGCAGUUCCUAGGGAUGACCAGAACAUUAUGAGUAGAAGCACUAGUAGCAUCCAAGGUUUACCUAGUCUAUGCCGCAUAAGAAAGAUUUUUGUUGGAGGUUUAGCAUCAACAGUCACAGAGAGUGACUUUAAGAAGUAUUUUAAUCAGUUUGGGAAUGUCACAGAUGUUGUAGUGAUGUAUGAUCACAACACUCAAAGGCCUAGGGGUUUCGGAUUCAUUACUUAUGAUUCAGAAGAGGCAGUGGACAAAGUGUUGCUAAAAAGUUUCCAUGAACUUAAUGGUAAAAUGGUCGAGGUUAAACGAGCAGUAGCUAAAGAAUUAUUGCCUGGCCCUUGUCGUAGUCCCCUCAGUGGAUAUAACUAUGGUCUGAAUAGCGUCAACAACUUUCUUAGUGGCUGCACUCAGGGAUAUACUCCAAGCAAUAUUCGAAGCUUUGGACUUAGGAUGGAUGGUAGAUUUACUACAGUUCCUGGUGGUCGAAGUGGUUUUCCUCCUUUUGGUUCUGGUUAUGGAAUGGGCAUGAACUUUGAGCCUGGGUUAAACCCAAGUUUUGGAAAUAGUGCAAAUUUUAGUAGUAAUAUGAACCAUGGACGGGGAUUGAAUCCUUACUAUAUUGGUAAUGUAAAUAGAUUUGGUAGCCCUAUUGGGUAUGAUGGAAGUACUGAAGGUAAUACUUCCUUUUUUAGCUCAGUGACUCAAAACCUUUGGGGAAAUGGGGGACUCAAUUAUAACACAAAUGCUUCUAGUUCCAAUGCAUAUAUAGGAUCUGGAAGUGUUAGUAUAGGAGGAAGCGCCUUUGGAAAUAGUGGAAUUAAUUGGAGUUCUGCAAUUGCCAAUCAAGACGAGGGGAGUAAUGUUUCUAACAAUAGUGUGCAUUUCGCUUAUGGAACUGCUGAUGACAGCUUUAGGUUAGGGAUUGUAGGGUAUGGGAGAAAUAAUGGGACCAAUGUGGCGCCAACAUCAUCAUAUGCAACAUCAAAUUUUGGUUAUGAUGUAGCCUUUACAGACCUUUAUGGUGGUGCUUCAGCUUAUGGGGAUAUAACUUGGCGAUCAUCAACAUUUAAGCGAGAUGGUUCUGGUUCCUUUGGCUAUGGACUUGGUAGUGCCACUUAUGUUUCAGGCAAAAAUUCUCCCGGCUAUGUCAGUAGUCAUAAAGUUAAUAAGAGACAAGCAAGUAGAGGAAUCGCUACCUAGGAUAUUAUUUUGAUUUAUCAUAAAAAAGUAUAGCUGAAGGUAACUUGUGAAGCAAGUGAUCUAUGAAUUCUGCACAUUUCCCUCAUUAAUACGUUUCUGCUAAAAUAAGGUUAUUUAAAGCUAACUGGAGUGCUUUUAUUUUUCUUUUGAAGAUCAAUAUAUUUAGAGUUAAGAGAUCACAAGGGAAUUUGUGCUAAGGCUUGAGCUUUUAGUUACUUUUUCGGUUCAUUUUUUGGUAUCUGUAUGACAUGUAAUAUCAGAUUUUGGGAUAUAGUCAAAACAAUGUAUCAUACAUUACAUGUAAGGCGGUGAUGCAUAAAGAUAUAGACUAUUUUCCCCUUAGAUUUUAUGUUUUGUAUUGGCUCUGGCAUAGGUGUGGGUUCUUGUCAGGCAUGCUUUUGUUUUGUUCUUCUAUCAUAUAGAAUGUGCUCGGGAGAUUCUUGUCAAGAA